UAAUAGUCUAUUUUCUAACUCGAGUGCUUGUAUUAGACCUUCCACAUAACGGAAAUCGCACGAAGGCGAUUAAAUCACAAGAUGAUGCUGUGCUACGAAGGAAAACUAAGUCUCUGCUGCUUCCUGGGGGCAAUGCUCAGUCUGGUGCUUUUCUACGGAUCGGAGUCCUUUUGGUUCGACGUGAAGCAGGAGUUUUUGGCCAAAGUCGCCCUGGCCGUUGCCUACUACAUUGCGCUGAACGUCAUCAUUCGGAUACGGUUAAACGCGCGUGACUAUCAGAUUGCCGUGAGGGCAGCCUUUCUUGGGUUCGUCAUGUCGGCAGGGAUCGUUGUGUUCGAAAGUGCCGACGAAAAGUACAAAGCUUUCGGCGUGUAUGCCACCCUGAUGGCCCUGUUUCAUUACUCCGAGUAUCUCGGGAUCGCCAUCUGCAACCCGAAAACCCUCUCGCCCGACUCGUUCAUACUAAACCACUCGAUACACUAUGCGUUGGCCGCUGUAGCUAGCUGGGUUGAGUUUUUCCUGGAAGUUCGACUCGUGCCGGAAAUUAAAACGUACAAAGUUUUGUGGAUUCUGGGCGUGAUUGUCUGCUUGGCAGGAGAAUCGCUGCGGAAAAUUGCAAUGAUAACGGCCAGCAAAAACUUUAGUCACAUCGUGCAAUUUGAACGCCACAACGAACACGAACUGGUCACACACGGAGUGUACAGCAAAAUGCGGCAUCCAUCGUACGUGGGGUGGUUCUACUGGUCCGUGGGAACCCAGCUGACCCUGGCCAAUCCGAUUUGCUUCAUUAUCUAUGCCAUCGCCAGCUGGAAGUUCUUCCACGACCGCAUACUGAUGGAAGAGAUCACACUUUUGAACUUUUUUGGAGAAGAGUACAUCCGGUACCAGGAAUGUGUUCCCACGGGGCUGCCGUUCAUUAAGGGGUUCCGUGUGGAACCAUGAUAUUUCGAGCCUGAUCCGGACGCAGAGGAUCGCAACAAACAGUUCCGUACGGACAAAUGUAAUGAGACUGACGGGGGGGUAAGCAUUGGGCUCGGUAAGGCCGAAGAGGGCACUGCGCCGGAUCAGGCGGGCUCGCAAGAGGACAGAAGACGAAGCAGUUUCGGGGGCGGAUCGUAUCAGGGACGAAGUAGACGAUACUCAGGUAGCUACGAUAAUUGUGACGAUCACGACGCAUCGUCGAUGGUGUAGAAGCCCCCCUCUUUAGAUGAUAGAUACCAAUGACCACAUAGCCAGGAAACCGUAUGACUUACUUUAAACGAGGGGUUUCGUUUCGUGAUAACUUUUUGAUAUCGAUUAUUAUUUUGAGCGAAUUUAUUUACAAGUCACACCAAUAUGCAAGGCCCAGCGGCAUACGACCAACGUCUAGCACAGAUAUCUGAUCUUCGUUUGUCAUCGAACGAACCGGCUGUGGACAAACGCUUACCCAAGGCGCCGUCUUCCGGUUGCUAAGCUAAGGAUCAACUAAAGCACAGUAACGUACCGUAACGUACCAAAAUGUAGCACUGUAUUGUAG